AUGCAUGUUAAAAUGAGAUGAACAACGCAACUCCAAUGGCGUUAAGAGCCAUUGCUAAUCCAGGAGACAGAAACCGCUUGUUAAACUUGAUCAAUCAGUCGACCACUCUUUCUCACCUCAAUCAGACCCAUGCCCAAAUCAUUCACAAUGGCCAUCUUCGUGACAACUUCAUCGUCACAAAACUCAUUCAAAAACUCCUCGACUUCAAAGCUCAGGCGCAAGCCAAACUCCUCUUCGCCAACAUCGACUCCCCCGAUCUCUUCCUCUACAAUGUCCUCAUCAAAGGCCUCAGACACGCCCCCUUCGACUCCCUAUCCGUAUACAACACUCUUCUCCGGAAAACAGAGCUCAAACCUGAUAAUUUCACUUAUUCCUUUGUUAUCUCCGCUUUCUCGUCAUUCUCAUCGUCCGCGUAUGAGAAAGUGGCGGUUUUGCUUCAUGGGCACGCGUUGGUUUCUGGUUUUGGAUCAGAUGCGUUUGUGGGUUCAGCGCUAGUCGACGCCUACACCAAAUUUUCCAAGAUUAGGAUUGCGCGCAAUGUGUUCGACGAAAUAUCGCAGCCAGAUACGGUUCUUUGGAACACGUUGCUAUCCGGUUUGGUGAAGAAUUCCUGCUUCGAUGAAUCGCUUGGGGUGUUCCGUGACAUGAUUUCGAUGGCAGCGCGGCUUGAUUCUACCACAUUGGCUGUUGCGCUCUCUGCCGUGGCUGAGCUGCAACGUUUGAGAGAUGGGAUGAUGGUGCAUGCAUUGGCUAUCAAGGUUGGUUGCCAUUUCGAUAAGCACGUGCUUACUUGUUUGGUUUCUUUGUAUUCGAAAUGUGGGUGUGUCUCGACCGCUCGAUUGUUGUUUGAGCUGAUUAGGAGGCCAGAUUUGGUUGCGUACAACGCGAUGAUAUCUGGUUUUUCUUGUAACGAUGAAGCUGAGAAAUCACUGCAGCUGUUUCAACAACUGCUUUCAUCAGAGAACAGGGUUAGCUCGAGUAGUUUAGUUGGUUUGAUACCAGUUUUCCAUCCGUUUGGUCGUUUGGAUCUUACUCGAACCAUCCAUGGCUUCUGUGUAAAGUCUGGUUUUGCUUCCAAUUCCUCUGUCUCAACUGCAUUAACGACGGUUUACAGCCGGCUGAACGAGCUUGAGCUUGCUAGGGGCCUCUUCGAUGAGUUACCGGAGAAGCCCCUAGCCUCAUGGAAUGCUAUGAUAUCGGGUUAUGCUCAGAACGGUGCCACAGAGAAGGCAAUAUCCCUUUUUCAGGAGAUGCAGGAGCUCGAUAUUCGGCCUAAUCCUGUCACGAUCACCACUAUUCUCUCGGCUUGCUCUCAGCUUGGCGCUUUAGGGUUGGGGAAAUGGCUUCAUCGUUUGAUAAAAAAGGAGUCUUUAUUGCCUAGCAUCUAUAUAUCAACUGCUUUAAUUGACAUGUACAUGAAAUGUGGGAGCAUUGAUGAGGCUAAGAGAUUAUUUGAUGCGAUGGAUGAGAGGAAUGCAGUGACUUGGAAUGCCAUGAUCUCCGGCUAUGGCCUCCAUGGAGAGGGGAAGGAGGCGCUGAGGUUAUACCGAGAAAUGCAGGAGGCCGGGAUCCCUCCAACAGGUGUAACUCAUCUAUCGGUUCUGUAUGCUUGCAGCCAUGCCGGUUUGGUGGAAGAAGGUGAAAGAGUCUUCCAUUCCAUGAUCCAUGUUCAUGGAUUUGAGCCCAAAUCCGAGCACUACGCGUGCAUGGUGGAUAUUCUUGGCCGGGGUGGGCAGCUGGAGGAAGCCGUUGAGUUCAUAACCAAGAAGAUGCACUUUGCACCCAGUCCUGCUCAGUGGGGUGCGUUGCUAGGAGCCUGUAUGGUCCACAAGGACACUAAGUUGGCGCGCCUGGCCUCUGCUCGGCUGUUUGAAUUGGAUCCAGGAAACAUAGGUUACCAUGUUCUCCUCUCAAAUAUACACUCCACCAAUAGCAACUUCUCCGAGGCUGCUUCUUUACGUCAAGUGGUGAGGAGGAGGGGGAAGACGCCCGGGUGCACCUUGAUCGAGGUGAAGGGGCGGGCACAUGUCUUCACGUCGGGUGACCGGUCCCACCCUCAGUCGGGGGAGAUCUACGCAGCGCUGGAGCAAGUGAUGGGGAAGAUGAAGGAUGAAGGGUAUGUUGCAGAGACUGUGAUGGCUUUGCAUGAUGUGGAGGAGGAGGAGAAGGAGAUGAUGGUGAAGGUUCAUAGUGAGAAACUGGCUAUUGCUUUUGGGCUUAUGAUGUGUAAAGAUGGAGAUGAUGAGAUUAGGAUUAUUAAGAAUCUUAGGGUGUGUUUGGAUUGUCAUACUUUUACCAAGUAUGUGUCUAAGAUUAGUGGGAGGAAAAUCACUGUGAGAGAUGCCAAUAGAUUUCACCAUUUUCAACAUGGAGAGUGUUCCUGUGGAGACUAUUGGUAACACAAUUGUUUGGCUUCGUAGUUUGAGAAUUUUUUAUAUUAUAGUUAUAGCAAAUCUAUGUUGUAAUUUUGAAAAUUCUGAGGGGAGGCGUUUUAAUUUG